AUGUCUGUAGACCUCCAGCCAGCCGAACUGGGCUUCCGACGCCCUUUCAAUCGCGAAGUCACCGAGAUCCUCAAGCUCACAAAUGGCAACACCCAACCUGUCGCUUUCAAAGUUAAGACCACAGCCCCCAAACAAUACUGUGUGCGACCGAAUUCUGGCAUCAUCGCGCCCAAUGAAUCCGUCGAUGUUCAAGUUCUCUUACAAGCAAUGAAAGAAGAACCUCCACUUGACGCCAAAUGCCGGGAUAAGUUCCUCGUUCAAUCCGUCCUCACUUCGGCCGAUCAAGAUCCCAAUGUCACAACCCUUUGGCAAACCGUGGAGAAGACGGCCAAAAACACCAUUCAAGAACGAAAGAUCCGCGUCAACUUCCUCCCUGCCGCCGCAGCUACACCCAACGGCGUCUCUUCCCAUGAAGAGCAACCUCCCGCCUACUCUUCCCCAACUCCGCAGUUCGGUUCUCCUGCUCAGCAAUCCUCAACCAAUGCAUCAGCCGCAGAAUCCGUAAAGACGUCAAUGGCAAAGGCUGCGGAAGCGACUGGCCUCACCACCGCCGCUUCCACUGUUGCCAGCGCCGUCCCGACAUCAAACGAGGACUUGAAGGAACAAUUAGCAGCUGCAAAGACACAGAUUCAAAAAUUGACAAGCCAACUGCAAGAUCCACAAUUCCGGCAGAGAAAGGCACAGGAGACGAACGAGAAAGUCCAGGCGGUCGUACAACAGAGACACGAAUCAGGGGUUCCGCUGCAGAUCGUGGCUGCACUUUGUCUAAUCAGCUUCCUGAUUGCUUACCUCUUUUUCUAG